GAAGCCAUAACUUUGGCACAAUUUUUAUGGGAAAUUGUAUUGCCUUUUUUAAAACUAGUGCUAUUAGGUGCAAUUUUAAAAUAAAGAUAUGCUACACUUUUCUCCUCUGCUCCUAUUUGAAAUCAUUACAGCACCACCGUAUCUCAGAUAUUUGAACACUGGUUGUGUAUUUUUUUUUCAAAAUGGCGUAAAUUGAUAAAACGUAAAGAAUUCAGAAAGGACAAAAAAGUUGCAUCGAUUUACAAUCAAUCUUAGUUAAAGUUUUAUAAUUGUUGCUUAAAGUCUGCAACUAAGAAAAUACUUUUUAUAUUUAUUUAUAUUGGCGAAAAUAAGAAAACAUGUGGAAUUGCCAAUAAUAAGGGAAAUUUAAAUCGAGUAUAAUACGCUUCGGAUAGCUGCGUAUGCACUAAAUGCUAUUUAAUGAUACGAUUAUUGGGGGAAAAGUUUGAGAUCUCUCAGUGGAUUAUGAAUCAAGCUUCCAACACAUUUGGAACGACUAAUACCACCAUCACAUUGCUUGAUACCAAUAGUGCCUCAUUUUCAAUGGGCGGCCGUAGCUCGAUUCAUAGUAAUGGGAGUAUAGGUAGUAGUAAUCAAGCGGACCCAUCCAUCUCCUCUACGCCGUCAACAACCCCAUCUCCACAAAUGUCAAAUAAAGUAUUUAACUACAAAGAUAACAUAGAUACUGAUUUCGGAAAUUCCUUAAAAUGUGAGGAUAUAUGUUUAAGUGUAUGCCGACAUUUAAACAUUUUACCCCCGACUCGGUUAUUAUUUGGAUUACGUGUUAUGGACUCUGAAAAUGAAUGGGCUGCUCCGGGUAGGGAAUUGAAACCUGGCGUCCGGUACUGUUUCCGCAUGAGAAUUAAAGUUCCAAACAUGGAUACACAAUUAAAAAACCUAGAUAAACAAGCUUAUGAAUAUUUGUACUGGCAGAUUCGUUACGAUAUAUUAAACGAAAAAAUUCCGGAAAUAAGGAAUCCAGAAAAAAAAGAUAAUGUUAUGGGUUUUGCUGUCAUGCACAUGUGUAUCGAUUUACAAGCAAAAAGUUCUGAAGCCGAAAGGAAGGAAGGCUAUAAUCGUGAAAUAAUUGGGAAUAUAGAAAAUAGAUAUAAAGAGUAUCUGCCCCAAACGCUUUUAAGAGAGCACAGAUAUUUUGUAAAAUCCAAAAUAUGUGCAAAGUUCAAGGAUGUACGAGAAAAAGACAUUAUGUUCACAGAAUUUAAAUUCUAUUAUAUCGCUGAUGUAUGUAAGCUGGCACCAAACUAUUUAAUGGAGACUUAUUUUGUCACAGUAGAUUAUAUCCCAAAUGCUGAUUGGAUUUCCGUACAUUCACCUGCAGUCUGUGAUGGCAAUGGGGAUAACAAAACAAGAGUAUAUGUUAAACUAGACACCCAUGAUAACCCAGAACCAGGUCUAAAGGUUUCGCUGAAAAAAGAAGAAUGGACACUAUUGGCAAAGCUUGAAGAUAUUUUUGCGAUAUAUAUCGAGGAUAAUGUGUGUGCGUGUUUGGAGAUAACGGGGCUACCAAAAAGUUAUUGCAUGAGAUUUAAAUCAAAAGUGGAUUUGGAAUCAUUUAUUACAUAUGUAGGAGGGUACUUGAGGCUAACCUCCAAGUGGUUAAAGGAUUUGUGUAGCGAUUAUACGACUCCAUCAUUGAAUGAAUUGAUCGACUUAAAAUGCCACGGACCAAUUGGUGGAACAUUUUCCUUUGCUAAAUUGAGAGAGAAAUCAAAAAAAGGCUCAACCUGCAUUAUAAGGCAAUGUGAGAGAGAAUACGACGUUUAUUAUAUCGAUGUAAAUACCCAAAUGUCAGCGAAAGGUAGGUUAGGCGAGAACAUAAUAACGACUAAAAUUGCGUUACAAAAUAAAAAAUGGUUGUUUCACGGAAGUGAGGGUGUGAAGGAAUUUGAAACUCUAAAAGAUUUGAAGAAUUCAAUAUCCCCUCAAAUGCCUUGGAUUCCGCCAUCAGAAUAUGAUUAUGCACCACUUCUUUUAAUCUGUUUGCCAAAAAAUCUACAUCCAAAGAAGACUGACACUGAAUUAAGUGAAGCUGAACUUCGAAAAAGACGAGUUCAAAUACUUGAUCGGAAGCAUGACCUUCGAUUCUAUAAAAAUACGCAGUAUGUUUGUGAUGACGCUAAAAUGAUGAUAAUGCAAGGAGACUGGGUCCAGGAAGGUGCUUGUAAAGACGUUAAUGUUAUGCUCAAGGUAUUUUUUCCGGAAAUCAACCUUGAGGAUAUCACAUGUUUAACUAGUAUUUGUAGUCAAAUUUUUUCGGCUCAAUUUCUGAAACUCUAUGGUUUGACUUUGACCACUCCUUAUACUAUGGUAAUGGAAUAUGCACCUUAUGGAAAUUUAGAUAAGUUCCUGCGUAAACAUAAAGAUAAAAUCUCUUUCCAAAUGCUGAUAUCGAUUGUGUUUGAUUUGGUCAGAGGAAUCGUUUACCUGAGUGAGAAAGGAAUUUAUCACGGCUCAAUCCGGUGUUCUAACAUGUAUGUAACAAAAUUUGAUCCUAAGUCUCAUAUUAUUGAGACCAAAAUUGGUGAUCCCGGACUUCGUCGUAGUUAUUCAUACGAAGACUUGCCGUGGAUACCACAGGAAUAUUAUAAUAAUCUCAAAGGCGCUAAUGAUGAUAAGUACGUAGAUGCAUGGGCUUUCGCAACGACUCUAUGGGAAAUAUUUUCUUAUGGAAAAUCACCUUUGGAAGAACUGAAUUGCACCGAAAGCCCAAGGAAGAUUGCUGAGAAACUACAAAUGAAUCGUUUGAGAGAUGGUGGCAUAUUACCUAAACCAAGUGAAACUCUGGACGAUUCGAUAUAUUACAUCAUGCUCGACGGUUGGCAGACGGAUGCACACAAACGUUUUAAUUACAUAACCAUCUUCUCAAUCAUAAAUAGUUUCAAAGAAAAGAGAACGAUAAAUUACGAGUCAGUUAACAUCGAUAAAUCAUAUUAUGAUAGCGACACUAGUUCUAAAAGUAAUGAAAAUAUCGGAGAUGAUAUAUCAGUGGAUUACUGCCCAGGACCAUCACCCGCACAAAUCCAACGAUUUUCACAUUUUCAGAUGUCUUUUAAUAGCUCAUUCGACGACACUGCUUUUGUAAUACCAUUCUCAGAAGGAAAAGUAAUUGUUGAUAAGCGAAUAGGUGAUGGUCAUUAUGGUAUUGUGUAUUCAGGCAUAAUGUAUUACAAAAAAGCCGAUAAAGCACCGGAGAAAGUGGCGGUUAAAACAAUGAAAACCGUAAUGCCGACGAAUAUAAAAGAUUUUCUGCGUGAAAGUGAAAUAAUGCGGGGGCUCGAGCAUGAGAAUAUUGUAAAAAUUAAAUACUCAAUCGAAAAACCUUUCUACAUUAUAAUGGAAUAUGUCUCCGGUGGUUCUUUUCACGUAUACCUUAGAUCUCAGCGGCCGAAUUUAACUAACAAAAGGCUUCUACAUUUCGCUCAUGAUAUUGCUAAGGGUAUGAAUUAUAUGGCGGAAAAGAAAAUUAUCCAUAGGGAUUUGGCAACACGGAACAUAUUAAUUGAAAAAGAAAGGGCAAAAAUAUCUGAUUUCGGUUUGGCGCAGUUAGCAAAUUCGGACGGCUACUAUCUUGUAAAUAACAUUUUCCGGGAAUUACCCAUAAAAUGGUAUGCUAUAGAAUCGAUAAGAGAUUAUAAGUAUUCCGUAUACUCAGAUGUAUGGUCUUUUGGCGUGACUAUGUUUGAGACUUUUUCUCGAGGAGAAGUUCCAUAUCUCGCUGGCAAUCGGGAUUUGGAACGAGAAGUCCACCUAAAACUCCUAGAGAAGGGACAUAGACUCCAAAAACCAGAGUUAUGUUCUCAAAUUAUUUACGACAAAUUAAUGCUACCAUGUUGGAAAGUGGAACCAAAAAGCCGGCCAGAUUUUGCCAAAAUACUUGACAUUAUACAGUUAAUUAUGGAGGAAGAUGGUGAAACCAUAUGAAAUAAGCGAUUUUUGAAUAAUUUAUCUGAAUAUAUCAAUUCCCACUAGAUGCUAUUCAGUGAAAUUGAGUUAUAUUUAAACGUUAUAGUAAGGUUAAGUUUACUUUUAAAAUCUUCACACAAGAGGUUUAUUUUCGACGUAUAAGGUUUCAACCGAAUAUAGUUGAAACAACUUCAUAUAGUUUAAAAAUAGUUCUCCUUCCUAAUGAUUCAUCUGGAACUUAACGUAGAUUUAGUAAUAUGUUGAUAUAAGAGAGCUGCCAUAUAAAAUUUCCGACUAUUAUUUGCUCACAGACCUGUCUAUACAUAGAUUUGACCUGCGAAAUCUCACGACCCAAAUCCUAAAUAAAUAAUAAAAAAAUUGUACUUGGCAAAGUCGCAUUGUACAUAUCUA